AUGAAUGAUCAAAUCAAAGAGCAACUUGAGAAAGAAGGGUUUGAAAUUCCCGUUGAAGAUCCACCCGCAAAUUAUAUGGUAACUACAAAUCCAUUUGGAGAAGACGGAUCUUUCAAUCCUGUAGAUACUAGCGCUUUAUAUCAAAUGUCACGAGGAGACUCGGCUCCAAAAUCCUUAGAAGAUAAAUAUUGGAAAGUCAGACAAUUUUAUGCUCAUCAAUUGAGAUCAUUACAAAGAGCUGAAUUAAUUGGCGAUGAAAUCACAAAUAUUAGAGAAAUAUUAGCUAGUGGAAAUCUAAAUAAAAUCAAUGAGCUAAUGCAUGAAAGGCACAAAUGGGUUGAAAAAGCAUAUUAUUCUAGAAAAGAUAAUAGACCUAUCUGUGCAGAUGUUUCAUGUUCACAUUAUGCAUUGCCUUUCUCAAAGUAUUGCAUUAACCAUAUAAUUUACGAUACAGAACAAAAACUUUAUGAAAAAUGUCCUGUAUGUGGUACUGUAAAGCCCGUUAACGGCAUUUGCUGCUAUUGUCAAGCUGAAGCAACAGAAAAAUAA